CGUCUACAAAAUGCGAAAUAUGGUGUAUAUCAUCUUUGAUGGGCUAAUCUGAAAAUUUACUAUUUUAGAAAAGUGAUCUCAAGCAAUAAUCUAUUAUCGAUAAAUCUGUAGCCAUUUAGAAAUUUACAAGUAAUUUGAAGAGCUGAAGAAAGACAACUUUAUAUUUUGUAUUUAUGCCAGCACAUUUGCUCUGAUAAGAAUAUACUUACCUGUUGCCUUAGAAACUACUACCUAGAUUCCAAUAGAUCUGAGUAUUUUGAAAGAAAAAAGUGAAGCCCAAGAUCUGAAAAUGAAACUGCUGAUUUUUUUAUAAUCAUGUUUUAAAGAAAUGAAGUGGUAUUAACUGUUCAAAUCUAUUUUUUUUUUUUUUUUUUUUUUACUGAAAAGAAUCAAAAUGUCUUUUACUGAAUCUCCAUCUUUUCCUGUGUUAGAAAAUAAGAUAAAAGUUCUUCCUCAUUCCUGUUUUAUAUGCAGCAAAGCAUUUGUGAGAAAAAAUACACUUCUGAAACAUUACCGAGAACAUACUAAGGAGCUUGGCGAGAAUUUAGAGAGAUUUGAAGAAGAGAAAGCCAAAUAUUUAGCCAAAAAGUAUCCUAAUCAAGUUACUAAUCCUGAUGCUAUAAACAAUGGAGUUUUAAGUAAUCAAAACAAUGGUGUUCUUAAUAAUCAAAAUAUUAAUAUUCCACCUGCCAAAAAGUAUCAAAAUCAGAUCUUGAAUUUGGAUGGUACAUACUGUGAUCCAGUACUAGAAGUAUAUCCUCCUCUUGAAGCUCCUGAACAAAAUGGUGACCACAGUGUUAUACAAAAUCUUGAUUCCAAUGAUAUAAUUAUUACUAAUAUGGAUACUAGCAAUGUUAUGGUUCAAAAUUUAGAUCCCAAUAGCAUUGUAGUUGAACAUCUUGAACCUCAACCUCUUGCUCCUGAUUCUUUUCCUAUAAAUUUGCCUUCAAAUGAAAAAGAAAGACAUGGUUGUACUGUAUGUGGUAAUUGCUUUUCAGCUGCCAGUAGUCUUAAGCGUCACAUGUUAAUUCAUAAUGGUGAAGAUCAGCAGCCAGAAGUGUGCCAGUUUGUUUGUGUUGUCUGUAAUGCUGGGUUUGUCAGAAAGAUUUCUUUAAAAAAUCAUUAUCGGGUUCACAAAGGUGAAGAAACUUUAGCUUGUAAGAUAUGUGAUGAAAAAUUCUUUACAAAGGUUGAUUUGAACUCGCACAAAGUUCUUAUGCAUAAAUUGAAAUCAAAGAAAAGCCAAAAUUCUCGGUAUGUGUGUGAGAUAUGUGGUGCUGACUUUUUUAAGAAAACUGCCCUAAAGAUGCAUUACUUGAGUCAUCCAGAAGAAAGACCAUAUGUGUGUGAUGUUUGCAAUGAAAGUUUUUCCAUGGAAAGUGUCUUUCGAGAACAUAGACUAUGUCAUGAAGAAGAUGAUUUUGGCAUUAUAUGUAAAAUCUGUGAAAGAACCUUUUCUAGAAAGAGUGAUUUACAGAGACACAAAGCAUUAGUUCACCAUGGCAAUAAAAAGAUGCCUUUAUCUUCUAAAGAUACUAAUAAAAAAAGUAAGCACAAGUUAGACUCAGAUGAUAAACAAAAUCCUACCAAGAAAAAGCUCUUUGUUUGUAAUAUCUGUGGUAAUGCCUUCAGAGACAAACAAGAAUAUGAAGUACAUAAGAAAAACCACAAUAAGAAAUCAAUUAUGUGUGAAGUGUGUGAUGAGAAUCUUACACAAGAUGAAUAUGAAGAUCACUUGUUAAUGCACAAUGAAGGUAAAAUGCACACCUGCCGAAUUUGCUCUGAAAGUUUUAUGUUCAAAGAUGAUUUAACCGCACAUACACGAAUCAAACAUGCUGAGGAUUUUCCUUUCGAAUGUAACAUAUGUAAUGAAGGUUUCAAAUUUAAAAGUGAUCUUCGGGAACACAAACAAAUUCACAAUCAAAAGAAUAAUCAAAAGAAAACCGCCUAUACUUGCAAGACUUGUGGUGACAUUUUCAGUUUAAAAUCUGAGCUUACUCUUCAUAAUAAAUCUCCUUGUAAGAAAAAAUCCUAUUCCUGCAAGAUUUGUAGUGAUGAGUUUUCAUCAAAAGUAAAGCUGAAUGAACAUAAACAAGAACAUGAAAUGGUGGUUGAACAGGAAACUUUUCCAUGUAAAUUUUGCAAUGAAAAUUUUUAUUCCACUUCGGAGCUUUCUGAUCAUAUAGCUUCUUGUUCGAAAAAAAGACCGCAUCUGUGUAAAAAUUGUAAUCAGCGAUUCAAAACAAAAGCUGAACUCUUGGAACACAAGAAAGUUCACAGCCGACGACAGCCAUUCAUUUGUAAAGUUUGCAAUGAAGGUUUCAGGGAAAAGGAUGCCUUGGAUGAGCACAAAAAAAUUCACAAUACAGUUCCCACCUAUCCCUGCAAUAUUUGUGAUCAGAUUUUUAUGCAGAAAGAAGCUCUGAAAGAGCAUAAAGUGAGCCACGAAGGAGAAAUUGCUUAUAUUUGUAGCGUAUGCAAUGAGACAUUUGAAGAUAAGGCAGAUUUCAAAGCUCAUCGGGCAACUCAUGAUGUUAUUGUGCAUCAGUGUAAAGUUUGUUUUGAGACUUUUACAAUAAGAAAAGAACUGAAGAAGCAUUAUUUGAAGCAUAUCUUAGAGAGGCCAAACAUGUGCAGGAUUUGUAAUGCAAAUUUUGAGCAGUGGGGUGCUUUGAGAAGCCAUUACUUAAGCCAUACUCGUAAUUAGAUUUGUUGUACCUUGAAUGUGUUCAAGUAAUCUAAUAUAAUAUCAUUCAUAAAAAUAACUGCAUUUUAAAAUUAUUUUAUUGUUUUUGAUUUAAAUUGUUGCAUAAAUAUUUGAUUUCACUAUUAAAAUACAUAGUGGAGCUAUUUUAUAUAAAGAAGUAUAUCUAUUAAUGCAUUUAAUAAUUCUGUUCAAUAACCUACUAUUGUAUUAGCUAAUGAUAUGUAGGGCUACAUCAAAUUACCUGGACACAUUUUAAAAUAAAAUAUAAAAUCAAUUAAACAAUAUAGGAAAGUGUGAUUUGUAUUAAAAUUUUUACCAUUUGGAGCCAUUUUCUUUUUAAAAAAAUGUUUCUGAAUUUUUCUUGUGGAUGGUUUAUAUCUAAAAUAUAAAAUAAAAACUGAAGAAGACCAGUUACAAAGAAAUUAAUCUGUUUCAAGAGGUUACUAAACAUUUAUCUUGUAUGAUUUAACACCAUAUUUUGAAGUGCAUACCUUAUGUAAUUUGGACAACAUCAAAAUAGGAUUCCAAUUUAAUCUAGUUUUCUGCAUGUAAAAACACUCGUGUGUUAUCAUUGCUUGUAGAAGACGUAGAAUUAUUAGUAAAAUUCAUGUAAUUUGUCUUUAAUUUCAAAGUUCUGAAAGAUUAUAUGUAAAUAUAUCCUAUAAAUAAGGAGAAUAAUGUAUGAUAUUUUCUUCUUAUUCCCCCCCCCCCUUUCCUCUUUUAUUUUUGAGUUACAGAGGCAUUUAUGAGCAAAAUAAGGAACCAAGUUAUUUUAUUAGCAAUUGUACUCUUCUAUGUCAGUUAAUUGAUUUUAUAUUUCAUGUUAAAAUAUGUCAAGAACUUUUAAAUCACUCUUUACAUUUAGAAUGUAAUAUGAAAACAGAUAUUAAAUGUUCUAUACUGCCUACUGAAUUUAUUAUGCAUAUAU